ACUUUCUGCUUUGGUGGUGGCAGCACGUAGGAUACACAGGGUGGGGGUGUACUAAAGGCUUAAAAGGCUCCCCAACGUCCUUGUAACACGCAGUUCUAGAAUAGAACAUAAUAGUAUUCCCUUCAAAUAAAAAUUAGUCCAAAUUUUUCUUCGACAUCUUCUAGAUUUAGUAUUUAAUCGCUGUUGCUUGCAACACUACCGAUAAUCACAUUAUUAAUUUAAAUAUUAGUGCAAAUACAUAGAAAUAUAUAGUAUAAAAACUCGUGAGAAGAAACUUUAUUGCAACGCAAAGAAAAAAGGAGAUUGAUACUUUUUGAAGUGAAAAAAAGCGAGUGAUUUUCAUUUCGAAAUUUCAUCGCUUAAUUUUAUUAUCUGAAUUCAGUGAUCGAUGAAUCAACUGUGCGGUUAAUCCCUUUCGAUCUUCACCGAUUUUAAAUAUAUAUCGUAGUUGCAACAAGUAGAAAAUGAAGAAGAGAAGUUUUCAAAUGUUUGCAACGUUUCUUUUAUUGGUGUUCUUCGUAUCGCCAUCUUCUACUUGGGCUCUUACGACUUUCGGCAAAACCAACCCUCAAACCUCGAAUCAAAAUUCUCAUCCAUCGCCUACACCAGUUGGGAGAGCUCGGGAAUGUAAGUUGGAGUCUGAUUGCGCUGGAAUUCAAAAUACGACAUGUAUAGCGGAUUCUCGAGAUGGAAGGACACGUUGUCUUUGCGCAGAUUAUUCCGCACCUCUUAACGGCGCGUGUAUUAACAAAUUCAAAGCAUUACAUUUUUCAUGUAACAAUGAUUCUGAAUGCACUAGUGGAGCACAUUGCGUACAACUAAAUGUUACCUUGGGAAAACGUUGUUAUUGUCAAGAAGGAUAUUAUGAAGAAAGUCCUUUAUUUUGCAGUGGUGGUACAUCUGUUUUUGCAUUUCACACGCUAUAUCUCUUAAUUAGUUUAAUUAUUGUAAAUCUUAAUUUUAGUUUCAUAUAAAUCAUUUACAAUUGAAAUAUAUUAUUUUAAAUGAAUGUAAAAAAAAUUGUAUCAAAAUUUAUAAUUAUAUGUAUGGUCAAUUUUUAAAUUUUCAAAAAAUCAUCAAAAAAUAUGAUAUUGUACAAAAAAAAAAUAUAUAUUUGGUAUAUUUUACGCGAAGAUACGUAUUUUAAUUAUCACUUAGAAAAAAAGUAAAAUGCUCAAGCAAUACGCAAAAAAUAUUUAUAAUUCGAUAACUUUUCAUAUUUUCUAUAUCUUCAAAUUCUAAUUCUAAUCUCUAAAUCAAUUGUUGAGCAUAUUUAUAAUCUAAUUUGUCUAAUCUUUUCAAAUUUGCAAUUUUUUUUAUUUCAAAUAAUGUGAUUUCUUUUGUAAUGUAUAAAUAAUUACAACUUAUACUGUUUUAUAUAAUAAAAAAACUAUAAAAAAAAUUGGUACAUUUGUUCUAGAUACUUUUGAAUUAUAUAUUUUAUUCUACAGCAAAGAAUUUAAUGUCAAAUUGUCAAAUUGUCUAUUCCGAAAUUGAUGUAAUUAAAAUGUUAAUACUUAGUACAUUCAUGUACGAAUAUAAAUAUAUAAUGAAACUUUUAUAAAUAAUUUUCUCUUAAAACAUUGCAAUAGGAUCUUGUAAAAUAUUUCCGUACACUUUACCAUAAUUUUAAUCUGUAAUCUAUAUUAUACAUUUUAUUAUUGAUUCUUGUGUUUCUAAAUAUUUAUAUGAAUUAUAAUAUAUAUAUUUACGACUUUGCAAUAAGCAAUAGAUUGUAUUAUUAUAAAAUAAUAGUAAGUAAAAUCCACAAAACAUCUGUUCUAGAUCUGUUCAAUAUAUUUCAAUAAUUUUAAAAUCUAUAUUCCAAAUUUUGUCGAUUAAUUUCCAAUUAUAAUAAAAAAAUAUUAAUUUAAAAAAUUAAUAAAAUUUUAUGAAAUAUUAAAAUAUGUAUAUUAUUAAUUCUUUAAUACAAUUUCAUUUAAACAGGAAAUCAUAUUAGAAAUUUUUAUAAUGUUUCUGAUAUAAUUAUAUCAUGCUUAUGUUAUUUAGAAUAUUAUCAAUUAUUUUUUUCUUUUUAAUUUUCUCUUCUUUUGUUUAUUAAUAUUUAUAAUUUUUAUAGAAUUGAAAUUAUAAAAUAUGAAAUUUUAAUAUUAUUUUGAUUUCGAUACUAUUGCAUCAUAAUUUUAUCGAAUAGAAUAAAAUAUGUACGAUUAUGAAUUUUCAAUUUGACAAGCUUUAUAAAUUGAAAUUAUCUAUUCGUUUAACAAAUAUAUACAUAUAUAGCAUAGUAAUUAGAUAUACAUAUAUAUAUAAAGUUUGAACAUGCCAAUAAAUGCCUUAAAUACCAACGAUUAUAUAAAAUAAACUAUAAUAAUUUAUGUUAAUGAGAAUUUUUUAAAACACGAUAAUUUUUAACUUAUUUUUAUUUUUGAACUGUAGUGGAUGUAAACGUAUUAUUAAUAUAUACAAAUAUAUUAUGCACGAAUAAACUUUUCCGUAUUCUAAAUACAUGUACUAUAUAUUUAUUAUAUAUUAUGUAUAUUUCUUAAUAUUAAUUAUAGAUUAUGCAAGUCAAUUAUUAAUAAAAGGAAAAUAAGUAGAAAACUUCAUACAUAUAUUUUGUUAAUCGAAUCUUUUAUUAUUUCUUUUGUAGAACUAAUUGCGUUACAGUGUUUCCACUCUGUCCACCAAAAAUAAAUGUAUCUGCGGGAAGCACAUGUAAGAUAUCAAAAUCUAAAAUAUUAUAAAUUAUAUUAGUUAUUGUUAAUGUUAUAAUAAAUAUUGUUAUUAAUAAAAAAUGAAUUAAAAUAAUAUAUCAUGUAAUAAACAUGAAUUAAUAUCAAAAUUUACAGUAUGUACAAUGUUCUAAAUAAUAAAUUAUUCAAAAAAUGCUAUUUA